UUAUUAGGAAGCUCACAGCAAGCACGGCUGAUCUGUCAGAUUUGUUUUGUGCAAGAUUCGAGUUAAGCACUUCCCAACCGCUAAGCGUUUCCUAAAAACUAAAAGGAAUGUUAAUCAUUAUAGUUUAUUUAUUUUUAUUUCCUGCGAUGCCUGACUGCUUCAGAAUCCAGUGAGUGAGGGAAUCCCCAGCAUCAAGCCACUGAGAAGUACCGCAGGUGCACGGAGGCAAAACCUACAUAAUGCCCCUGCAAACUUGAGAAAGUCUGCCAGGUGGCGAAGGAAGCUGAGGGAUUGAGUAUAUUAGGAAAGCAAAGGAAGGUCCUGUAGAGAUGUCAGAGCCAGCGUUGGACUUCUCCAAAGUGGAAAGUUUUCUGGACAAACACCCAGAUCUGUUUGAGGAUUACCUGAUCAGGAAGGGGAAGCACUGCAUGGUAGAGAAGUGGCUCAAGAGAAACCAAUUGAGCAAAACCCCUACUAACUCCAGUACUGAUGACAAGAGCAAGGAGUGUUGGGGGAACCGCGGGGAUGGGCUGCAGAGGAGGGCUUCACAGAAGGAGCUGAGGAAAAGUUUUGCUAGGUCAAAGGCCAUUAAUGUAAAUAGGACUUAUGAUGAGCACGUUAACUCUAGAGCCCAGGAGCCCCUGACCAGCAUGAGGAGGAGAGCUUUACUGAGAAAAGCCAGCUCCCUCCCACCUACUACUGCCCACAUUUUGAGUGCCCUGCUGGAGUCCAGGGUCAGCAUCCCCCAGUACCCUUCCACUGCCAUUGACUACAAAUACUACCUGAAGGAAAACAAUGAGAGGGCUUUCUUCCUGGAGUUAGUUAAGGACAUCUCUAAUGAGCUCAACCUCACCAGCUUGUGCUACAAGAUUCUUAUCUUUGUUUGCAUCAUGGUGGAUGCUGACCGUUGUUCCCUGUUUUUAGUAGAAGGCUCAGCCAAUAAGAAGAGCUUGGUUUCCAAGUUCUUUGAUGUCCAUGCAGGGACCACCCUGUUACCCUCUUGCAGCAUGGAGAACUCCAACGAAGUCCAGGUGCCCUGGGGCAAGGGCAUCAUUGGUUAUGUAGCAGAGCAUGGAGAGACUGUCAAUAUCCCUGAUGCAUAUCAGGACAGGCGAUUCAGUGAUGAAAUCGACAAACUGACUGGAUAUAAAACAAAGUCUUUGCUGUGUAUGCCCAUAUGGAAUAGUGAUGGUGAAAUUAUAGGUGUUGCUCAAGCUAUCAACAAAACUCCUGGAGGUGCUCCUUUCACAGAGGACGAUGAAAAGGUUAUGCAGAUGUAUCUUCCGUUCUGUGGUAUCGCAAUAUCAAAUGCACAACUCUUUGCUGCUUCCAGAAAAGAAUAUGACAGGAGCCGGGCUUUGCUUGAGGUGGUAAAUGACCUGUUUGAGGAACAAACAGACCUGGAGAAAGUUGUCAAAAAGAUUAUGCAUCGAGCCCAGACAUUGCUGAAGUGUGAACGCUGUUCAGUGCUGCUUUUGGAGGAUAUUGAGUCACCAGUGGUGAAGUUUACCAAAUCAUUUGAAUUACUUUCUCCAAAAUGCAGUGCUGAUGCUGAGAGCAGUCUCAAGGACAGUGUGGAGAAAUCAUCCUACUCCGACUGGUUAAUAAAUAACAGCAUAGCAGAGUUAGUUGCUUCUACGGGUCUUCCAGUGAAUAUCAGCGAUGCAUAUCAGGACCCUCGCUUUGAUGCUGAAGCUGACCAAUUUUCAGGAUUCCAUAUUCGAUCUGUCUUAUGUGUUCCCAUAUGGAAUAGUAGCCAUCAAAUAAUUGGUGUAGCACAAGUAUUGAACAGGCUAGAUGGGAAGCCUUUCGAUGAUGCAGAUCAAAGGCUCUUUGAGGCCUUUGUUAUUUUUUGUGGCCUUGGAAUUAACAACACAAUAAUGUAUGACCAAGUGAAGAAGUCGUGGGCAAAGCAAUCUGUGGCUCUAGAUGUACUUUCUUACCAUGCAACUUGUUCAAAAGCAGAAGUUGAUAAGUUUAAGGCAGCCAACAUCCCCUUGGUGUCAGAACUUGCAAUUGAUGAUAUCCAUUUUGAUGACUUUUCCCUUGAUGUUGAUGCCAUGAUAACAGCAGCGCUGCGGAUGUUCAUGGAGCUUGGGAUGGUACAGAAGUUUAAAAUUGAUUAUGAGAUCCUGUGCAGGUGGCUUCUGACAGUGAGGAAGAAUUAUCGAAUGGUUCUCUAUCACAACUGGCGACAUGCGUUUAAUGUCUGCCAGCUGAUGUUUGCCAUGUUAACUACAGCUGGAUUUCAGGAACUUCUGGUGGACAUAGAGAUUUUGGCUUUGCUUGUGGGAUGCCUAUGCCAUGACCUUGAUCACAGGGGAACAAACAAUGCCUUCCAAGCCAAGAGUGGCUCUGCUUUGUCUCAGCUGUAUGGAACAUCUGCAACACUGGAGCACCAUCACUUCAAUCACGCUGUCAUGAUUCUUCAGAGUGAGGGGCACAACAUUUUCGCCAACUUGUCGUCUCAGCAGUACAGCGACCUCAUGCAGCUUUUGAAGCAGUCGAUACUGGCAACGGAUAUCACUCUGCAUUUUGAAAGAAGAAAUGAGUUUUUUGAGCUGGUCAGUAAAGGAGAAUACAACUGGAAUGUUAAAGAUCACAGGAUUAUAUUUAGAUCCAUGCUAAUGACAGCAUGUGACCUUGGAGCUUCAACCAAGCCAUGGGAGAUUUCAAGGCAGGUGGCUGAAUUAGUAACCAAUGAAUUCUUUGAGCAAGGAGACCGUGAAAGAUCAGAACUCAAACUGACACCUUCAGCCAUUUUUGAUCGGAAUAGGAAAGAUGAACUUCCACGAUUACAGCUUGAAUGGAUCGACAAUAUUUGUAUGCCUUUGUACCAGUCAUUAGUGAAAAUCAAUGGAAAACUUAAGCCUAUGUUGGACUCAGUGAUUGUAAACAGAGCUAAAUGGGAGGAAAUGCACCAAAAGAGACUUGGGUCUUCAGGAAGCUCUUCCUCUAAUUCUUUCCCUACGCCUGACUCCUCACCACAACCAGCUCUAGAGUGUCACUUGAAGACUUAAGCCCGCAAGUUAGCUGCUGCCAUGCAACAAAAUGAUCUUAACAGGCUGUCAUAAGCUUAGCUGUUUAAUGAAGUUACUGCAGCCGUGCUUUUAAUGAGGAGGUCAUGGUUUGGACUUUGGCUGAAAAGCUCACUGGAUUGAAGAUGAAGUUAAAAGGAAGAUGCUGUAGCGAUAAUGAAGCUUUACUAAGGAGCCACAAUAAAGUGCUAAUGUCCGAGAACACCAACAGCACUAAUUCACGCUUUGCAAACUGUUAGCUGCUGCCGUGUAAAGGAUAAACCUGCUGUUUAUAGGCUGAUGUUGACAGACUACUGACUCAGCUUAUGCAGCGCAGCUACUACAAUGCACACUAAAGUCAUUGCAUAGAAUAUACAAAAUGCUGAAAAUGAAUAAUGCAUAUUUUUA